AUGAAGGGACCGAGCGACGCCCAGCGAGAGGCGCUCGGCAGGCUCCAUCCCUCCCCCGAGCUUGUGAAGUUCUAUCGCGACCGAGUAAAUGACUUCGAGCGCGAGCGCGACGAGCUCAUUCAGCGCGUCGACGCGGUGGGCAUCCGACGCUCGGAGCUUCACCAGGCAGAGUGGGAGCUCAAGAAGCGCACCGACGAGGUGACGGACCUGCAGAAGGCGCUCAGCGACGCGCACGCGUAUCUGUUCGAGGAGCGAGAGCGACUACUCAAGAUUCAGACAGAGAACGAUGAACUCAAGCUCCAGGAGGCGGAGGACCGCCACAGGAUCCAGCACCUGCUCGGCCUCCUGAACCCGGGCGUCGAGGGCAUCAGCUUCUCCAGGGAUCCUCCGCCCGGGCCAGUUGAAACCGACCCAAACGCGCCCCCGUCCAAGAAUGCCCCGCAGGGGUCGGGGAUCAUUCGCCCGAGGAAAGGUCCAGUUCCCCAACCCACCCGCAAGGAUCAGAUCCCCAGGACCAGCAAGACCACCAAGACGGUGUACCUCCCGGCGGAGGACUCACACGACUCGCUCCUGCUCAAGAUUGACCAGCUGCAGACGCAGCUCGCAGAUCAAAAGCGGUUCGCCAACGAGCGCAUCGCCGCGCUCCUCGAGGACCGCAGGAUCAGAGAUGCGGACGAGGUGAUGAUGAAGGAGGCGGCAGAGAAGCGGGCGGCUGAUCUGGCGGAUCGCCUGAAGAGGACCGAGCUUCUGCUGAUGAAGGCGACAAAGGACCACAUCAUGCAGCGGGUGUCGCCGUACAUCCUUGAGGAGCAGCAGCAGCUCCUCGAGAUCGAGCUGAAGAAGCUGGCGGGGGCCAAGGAGGAGAUGAAGACGACCAUUGAACAGUCCGCGGUGGAGGCCAAGCAGGUGGCCAAGGCGGAGGCAGAGAAGUACGUGGACCAGUUUAAGGAUCAGCUCCAGCGCCGAUCAGCGAUCGCGACUCAGUACGAGCAGCGCAUCGCCGACCUGGAGGAGGAGGUCAAGAAGCAGAAGAAGAAGCAGCGAGACCUGGAACAUCGCAGGACAAUGGAUAUAGAGGGGUUCACGAGCGAUGUGACAACGCUCAGGCGGUUGCUCAGCGCUGUGGACAGACGGCUUCAUCAGACCAGGCUCGUUCAGCGCCUGGACGACGAUGAGCGCCUCGACAUGCUCCUCGAGCAACUGGAGCAGAGGUCCCCUGACCCGGCACCUUUGCCAGGGAAGCCCAACUGGGAUACCUCUGUGGGUAAGGCGAAGAAGGGGAAGAAGGUUGCCGCGGAUGCCCACGGGGUGGCGUACGACAUUGAUCACAUUCGCAGCGCUCUCGGGUCAGUGGAGGAUAGGCUGACAGAAGCCAGGAACGCUCAGGCUGAGCGGGCCAAGGCGAGCGCGAGCACUAUCAGGAUUAUCCCGGAUCGCAAACCGAGUGGGGAAGAAAAUAGGGGGGCGAAAGAGUACAUCGAUAGGAGGGCGGCGGUGCAGGCGGAGGCGAGGGCAGCCGGGAUUGAAACGGGGGGUAAGCCCAAGGUCAGGGCGAGGCCGAUGACUGCGCUGCCUGACAAGCCGAAACCGUUCUAUCUGCGUUGA